GAUGGCGGCUCGGGAGGCCUCUCAACUUCCACAAUCGUCAUCAUAGCCGUUGUGGCGGGUGCGGUCCUUAUCCUCGUCUUCGCCCUCUUCGCCUGGCGCCUUCUCGCUCGCUGUUGCCGCUCCUCCACAAGCAGAAAGGUACCCCUUCCGCCAGUACAAGAUCUCGCGCGCCACCGAGAACAACAGGUUGCCGCUUAUGCAGACCGCAAGAACGACCGCCCCACCACUUGGGUCGAUCCUGACCUCCUUCACCCUCGCAUCUACUCCCGGGCUGGCUUCUCGAGCGGAAGUAGCGCUUCUCUCAUCCGCGGUGCGCCCGAAUUCUCUAGCCACAGUCCAACCAGGGAAAGCAGCUGGGCCCUCGAUGAUGCUUCCCGCGAAGGCUCGCCACAUCCUCUUUCACCUCCCACCCCUUCCUAUUUGCCUUCGGGCUUCAAUCUACACAACAGCAUGUCGAGUACGGCCAGCUUGGAACAGGAUGUCCUCCCCGAAUCUGGGUCAGACGUGCCUAUGGUAGCCUCGCCCUCCGAGAUGACCCACUCGGUCGAAUCCUCGAACGACUUCUCCAGCAUUCCACCCGCGCGUCCUCGGCCCCCACGCACGUCACGUUCGCGCGUCCGACAGAUGUCCCUUGCGUCCUCGUCUGUGCACUCCCUCCACGGAGACCCACAUUCAAUCCACAGCAACAUUAACAUCGUCCUCCCCGCUCCUCUUGCGCCCGAACUCUACCCGUACGGUCAACAUCCCCUCGCCGACUCCAUGAGCAUAAGCUAUCGGCAGAGCGUGUUCAGCGACGGCGUCACGCACGGUGGUGUCUCUGACAGGAAGAGCGUCACGGACCAGUGGCUG